CCCCCCCGGACCUACGGACGCGACCCCCACCACAGCUUUCUACCAUGUCAAACAUGACGGACUCGGUGAUUGAGAAGCUGCCCAACACGGCAGAGCUCAAGGAAGAUGUCAAGGCCGCUUCCAAGUCGUCGCUGCAGUCGCUACGGGCGCUGUUAGCUGGAGGCGUGGGUGGUGUGUUUGCGGUUGUUGUGGGCCACCCGUUCGAUCUAGUCAAGGUGCGCAUGCAGACGGCAGAGAAGGGUGUAUACACGGGCGCUAUGGACGUUGUGAGGAAAACAAUCGCAAAGGAGGGACUGGCCAGGGGACUGUAUGCGGGUGUUUCUGCGCCGCUUGUCGGUGUUACGCCCAUGUUCGCCGUGUCCUUUUGGGGUUACGAUCUCGGCAAGCAGCUCGUUUCUAGCGUGUCCAAAGUCGAAAACAACCAGUUCAGCGUCGCACAAGUCUCCGCCGCCGGUUUCUUCAGCGCCAUCCCCAUGACCAUCAUCACCGCACCUUUCGAGCGCGUAAAAGUGCUCCUACAGAUCCAGGGACAGAAGAAUCUAGCACCUGGCGAGAAACCCAAGUACUCUGGUGGUAUGGACGUUGUCAAGCAAUUAUACAAGGAGGGCGGCAUAAAGUCCGUUUACCGUGGCUCUGCCAUGACAUUGGCGCGUGACGGCCCAGGAUCAGCCCUCUACUUUGCGACGUACGAGUACGUCAAACGCACUCUGACUCCCAAAGACCCUGUUACGGGACAGCCUGGAUCGCUGAGUAUGGGCGCGGUCAUGGUGGCGGGUGGUGCUGCCGGUAUCGCCAUGUGGAUACCAGUCUUCCCCGUUGACACCAUCAAGUCGCGAUUACAGAGUGCCGAGGGCAGACCGACAAUCAGUGGAACCAUCAAAGGCAUUCACGCAAGUGGUGGCCUCAAAGCCUUCUUCCCUGGCAUUGGACCUGCCAUGGCACGAGCAGUGCCUGCCAACGCGGCUACUUUCGCUGGCGUAGAACUUGCGCAGAAGGCUAUGACCAAGAUGUUCGACCGCGACGGCGAGUAGGGCCCUACCAGCAUCGCCAAACCAUUUGGUGGAGGCGAAAUCAUGUGCGACGACGAUCAAAGACUUUUCCAAGCUCUUCGUGCGAUAUCCCACAGAGGACGCUUUUUCAUCUCUUUCAUACUCCAUGUCUAGUUCAUUUCUAUGUUGAUCGAGCGAAACGACGAUUGACGAUAUUGGUGGCAUAGCAUAUGGCGUUGUUUUACGUUUGUACGCCUCCAGCGCUUAUGUAUAGAGUAGGUAAGGGGCUUCCUAGAUGGCGUCUCCUUCGUCCGUCUUCUCGCCAAUAGAUACUAUUUCUACACACGCCCCAAGAUAUGCCGAUGAAUCUUUGAUGAUCCAACAGAGCGGUUCCGAAGGCGGCCAUGUGGUCGGUCAUAGCAAGGGAUGAAGGUGAGGGGCGGCAGAAUGCGGAUGCAUCCGCUGCUCUCCCUGUUCCUCUUCAUCCCGAAC